AUGCCGAAGACCGCUCGCAUUGGAGGCCUCGCGGGCGUCCGCGUGGCGCCCGUCUCCUUCAAGCAAUGGCAGCGCUCCAUCUGCGACGAGUGGUUCGCGAGCAACGCCGCCUUCGAGGAGCACGUGCUGCGGCGCCCCAUAUUGUUUCCAGAUGGGCUGGAGGACACGCUGAGCCUGCGCGCGAUUGCCAUAUUCCUCCACUGCGGCGUCGCUGCUCGGCCUAGCGGGCGCGCCGAGUGCGGCGGGCCGACGAAGUUCGAAGCCCGCGCCGACCGCGAGUGGAACACCUACCGCUGGUCGUGCAAGACCGUCGGGCACAAGCACUUCUGCGAACCUGUGAACUCGCACGGCUUCCUCACGAAGGUUCCUGUGAACUCGUGGAUGCCUUUCCUGUACUUGAUCAACAACCUCCGCUUGGGGCGCAACCUCAAGGACGUCCAAGACGAGAUGGCCGACCUGUUCGGCAACAUUCACAGGGGCACGAUCUCCGUUUGGAAGCAGCUCAACCAGGAAUGCUCGGGGAAAGCGCUGCCUGCGUUGGACGCCCUCAUGGCCGGCGGCAAGAAGGGGGACACCGUGGUCGUCGACGAGACGGUGAUCGGCGUCGAUAAGGCGGACGGAUGGGUGCUCGAAUCCAGGAGCGUGAACAAAGGCGGGGCCACUACGGCGCGCGCAGGGCCGCGCAGGACCACCAAGCUGGUGCGGAAGCAGAUCCUGAAGCGAUUGCCAGCGCGGACGGGCUACAACACCCAGCAAGUGCAGAAGGGCUCCUUCAAGCUCAAGAGCAAGCCGAUGAAGGGGCCGAUGAAGGGGCCGAUGAAGAGGCCGAUGAAGAAGCCGAUGAAGAGGGCCCCCCCGCGGAAGAACGUAGCCAUUCGUAAGAGGCCCGCCGCCAACUUGAAGAGCAACGGCCGCUGGCUCUGGAUCGCCGCACUCGUGGGCGACAAGUUUGACGUCUACACGCACCAGGACCUCAGGAAGAGGGUGACGUACAAGCUCCUGCCGCGCAAGGCCGACGCCCACAAUGGCGAGCCGCGGGGCCUCGAAGAGAUCAGGGAGGCUUUGGCGAGCCGCGUGCGCAAGAAGUCGAUGGGCAACCAGCACAGGGACAAGAAGACUGGAUUCCACACCAACGACGUGGAGUCGGAGAACGCUCGCGCCAAGGGAUGGUCACGCAAGCGUUGCGGCCACCUCCACCUGAGCGAGGCAGGGAUGGACGAGUACGUCUUCUACGUCAACGUCGGCGGCGCGAUGGCCAGCGCGACGCGGGGCCUGGCCGCGUCCAAUGACUUCGUUGCGCGCGGCGCCGCGAUCUGA